GUUACCUGGCACCUGAAGGCAGCAGCAAAAUAUUCGCAGACUACAUUAGGUUCCCGCGUCUGAAUUGUUUUUUACACGGAUCACCCUGUUGCUUCCGCCUGCAAUGCCUUUAAGUGACAUUGGAGGGAACGGAACAGCCGCCAGUCGUCAUUGACCCCCGCAUAUAGGAUUUACGUGACUUCACACGCUGCCUAUUGUUUUGGCGAUCAAGACGUAGGCAACCCAUCUCCGAUGGAUGACAGGAGACACCAAUGAUCCAACGUAGCGCAUGAGGGGGUGAGGUAAUUGGCAGUCACGGGGUCGAUGGUAAGGAGCUAAUAGUGACUGCAUGUGUGUUUAUGAACAAAAAGAUACUUCCACUUGGAACCAGGGAGAGCGAGAGAGCGCGCGAGGAAGAGAGAGGGAGGGGGAGAGCCAUUUGACAAUACAGGAAGGUGACUUGGUUUGAUUAUGGCUCUUCGGGGAACUGGCGCUGUCCGUUCAGCACCACUCCAGUUACCUUUCUCAGUAUGACAUCUCGCCGGGAAUGACUCCUUGGAAAACAACACAGGGUGUCACAACCGUGGAUUGACUUCACUGCCAGGACGCGUAUUUUGGGUUCACUCGACGGGAUUAUUCGGCCUUUUGAGGCAUUCAUUUAUGGAAAAACGUCGGCUGCGUUCUGGGCUUUUGUCUCUGUGCUUCUGUGUGUAUUGAAUUCUUUGGGAAAUAACAAAUUCUUGCUUUUUUUGGGAACAAAAGGAACACCUACUUAUAUUGAUAUACCCUAUCGAAAAUAAAACUAUUUUUAUACUGAAGGAUUUUAUAUUUUCCCAUUCAAUCGUUUGGAUAGCUUGAGGACAUUCAGUUCCAUUGGAAGACAGGUUGGUGUUUUUUUUUCUCUCUAUGCACAUGUUGCACAGGUAGGUUGCAGCUGUGUGUGUGUGUGUGUGUGUAGCCUCCAGGGAGAGUUGAGAUGGCCGGAGCGGAGUGGGGACAUGCCUAAGGGUCGCGAUGGGCCAUAGUGACGAGAAGGAUCGCGUAGUGAUUAACGUGGGAGGGAUCAAACACCAGACCUACCGCGGGACCCUGCGCACGCUGCCCGGCACGCGUCUUUCCUGGUUAGCCGAGCCAGAUGCGCACGAGAACUUCGACUAUGACGCCCAGGUCGGGGAGUUCUUCUUCGACCGCCACCCGGGCGUCUUCUCCCACAUCCUCAACUACUACCGAACCGGGAAGCUCCACUGCCCGGCGGAUGUGUGCGGACCUCUGUACGAGGAAGAGUUGGCUUUCUGGGGCAUUGAUGAGACGGACGUAGAACCAUGUUGCUGGAUGACCUACCGGCAGCACAGGGAGGCCGAGGAGGCGUUGGAAAGCUUUGGUGGAGCCGGCCUCGACCCUCACCACAGAGAACCCGAGGAGGACACCCUCGCCCCGGAGGCGGCUGAUGGAGACGAGGGGGUGGAAAUGACCCGCAGGCUUGCUCAGGACUCACCCGAGAGCAGAGCCGGGCGUUGGAGUCGAUGGCAGAAGACGGUCUGGGCGCUCUUCGAGGACCCCUACUCGUCUAAAUAUGCAAGGUAUGUGGCGUUCGCCUCGCUGUUCUUCAUCCUGCUGUCCAUCACGGCCUUCUGCCUGGAGACGCACGAGGCCUUCAACCCCAUCUACAACUUCACGGAGACGGAGGUGGUGGACAACGACACGAUAGUGCGGACCUACGAGGAGACAGAGACCAUGGUGGAGCUCACCUACGUGGAGGGCGUCUGCGUCAUCUGGUUCACCUUCGAGUUUCUAGUACGAAUAGUAUCCUGUCCGGACAAGGUCAAGUUCAUCUGCAACACUCUGAACAUCAUCGACUUCGUGGCCAUCCUCCCGUUCUACCUGGAGGUCGGCCUGAGCGGCAUAUCGACCAAAGCGGCGAAGGACGUCCUGGGCUUCCUGCGCGUCGUUCGCUUCGUGCGCAUCCUCCGUAUCUUCAAGCUGACGCGGCACUUCGUGGGCCUGCGCGUUCUGGGCCACACGCUGCGCGCCUCCACCAACGAGUUCAUCCUCCUCAUCAUCUUCCUCGCCCUGGGAGUCCUCAUCUUCGCCACCAUGAUCUACUACGCCGAGCGCAUCGGCGCCAAGCCCAACGACCCGCGCGCCUCCGAGCACACGCACUUCAAGAACAUCCCCAUCGGCUUCUGGUGGGCCGUGGUGACCAUGACGACUCUCGGCUACGGCGAUAUGUACCCUCAGACUACCACCGGCAUGAUCGUGGGCGCGCUGUGCGCCCUGGCUGGCGUGCUGACCAUCGCCAUGCCCGUGCCCGUCAUCGUCAACAACUUCGGCAUGUACUACUCCCUGGCCAUGGCUAAGCAGAAGCUACCAAAGAAGAAGAACAGGCACAUACCGCGCGCCCCGGUCAUCGGCUCCCCCAACUACUGCAAGACUCCGCUCAUCAACUCGCCCCGACACAGCAACCACAGCGACCCCUGCCCCCUGGCCCAGGAGGAGAUCUCCGAGAUACGAUACCAAGAUUUCAAAGUCAACGGUGAGGCAUCCAAAGCGGCUUUGGCCAAUGAGGACUGUCCACACAUCGACCAAGCGGUUUCACCCGAGGAAGCGUUCAGCCCAGGGGAGAGGGCGGAGCGGCCGUGCUUCCUGCUUACACCCGGAGAACGAGCCAAUCACACAGGAACAGCAACGGGAAGACCAAGGAAAGAGUCGCAGCGGCGCCGCCGGAACAGACAGCCCACAGAGUCAGUGUGUGUCAUGAAUCAAGGUGUACCAACCACCAUGUGCAUGAACCACACAGCCUCCUCACCCACCUGACAACACAGAUAGCGUGUGUGUGUGUGUGUGUGUGUGUGUGUGUGUGUGUGUGUGUGUGUGUGUGUGUGUGUGUGUGUGUGUGUGUGUGUGUGUGUGUGUGUGUGUGUGUGUGUGUGUGUGUGUGUGUGUCAGAUUGAAUGAUGUGCAUAUGUGUUAUGUGUGAGUGAGUGUGUGAGUGAGAGAGUGAGAGUGAAUGAUGUGAGAGUGAAUGGACAUGCAGUGUGUGUGUGUGUGUGUGUGUGUGUGUGUGUGUGUGUGUGUGUGUGUGUGUGUGUGUGUGUGUGUGUGUGUGUGUGUGUGUGUGUGUGUGUGUGUGUGUGUGUGUGUGUGUGUGUGUACAGUAGACCAGCUUCCACCUGGCUGUGUGGCAGAGACUAUUUCAGCAUAGAUGUAGCCGCCGUAGAGCAGAAGAAAUCAUUGUUGUCUAGCCAUACCGUAGCCCUGUAACAGUGGAGUGCUUUUUUGUGCUGUAUUAUGUAAAGUGCCUAUGUUUUGGUGUGUAUGUGCUACUGUGUGUUUGUACUGUGUGUGCGUAUGUGUGGCAGUGUGAAAGUGUGUGUGUGCGUGUAUUUGUGAGUACUUGUUAAUGUGUGUAUGUGUGUGUUCUCUUAUAUGUCGGUGUUGUAAAUAUGUUUGGUUCCACCGCCCCCCCAUUUGUGCUCUGAUGUGUUGUUAAGACUGUGAAUUGCGUUAGAGGGACUAGGCCAUGUUUUUAUGUUCUUGAGUGUGCUUCCGUUUUUGUAAUGUUGCCAAGAUUUUUGCUCCAGCACUCACCCCUGGGUUUAAACGCGGACAUUGCAGUACAACCAACUCAAACCAUGUAAAGCCGUGAUGACAUACUCAAGUCUCACCUAGUCGGGGUGAGGAGGCUGGGAAAAUUAUUUCUCUCCUAGGUUAUGGCAGCUGCUGCCUCAUAUCAGUAGACGAUGCCUCAUGAAUGCCUUUUUGCACUUUUGUACUGAUGUACGCUCACUUUAUAGAAUGGUUUAGGACAAGAAAACACACGAGAAUUUUCUUUCUCUGAAAUGAAAACCACACAUGUUGAUCACCGUUUUAGGACUAUAGGCUACGUUAUUAGGGCAAAAACACCAUAGUUGCACGGCCACAAAGAUAGCUUAGGCAUAGUUAAGGUUACACUGUCGUAGAACCCCUGGCUGUUUCACUGAUUUAAUUUUAAAGAAAGCAACAUCAGACCAUUUGAAGCUAGGUAUCUGCCCUUAUUAGCCGCAGGUGAAGCAACGGCAAGUGUUUUUUAUUUUCGACAUUCAAAUAAUAUUUCCAAAAUCUUGUCUUUAAAGUGGUUCAACAGAACUGCAGGGUGAAAGGCACUGUUUCCCCCUGCCACCCUGUCAUAGCAUUACAUCUGGAACAGUGGGCCCAUGCAGUAUUUCUCUUCAGGUGUUUUCAGGCAGAGAAUAGGGCGCAACAAUUGAAAACAUUACAACAUUGAAAAAUAAAACACUGCACAAUCCCACUUGAUUUUUUUAAAUUGCAGUUAAUGAGCAUUCUUAGCAAAACCAAUGCAAAACUUGUUUUGAGACUAGUAAGGCUCCAAACUACAAUAGUAAGGAAAGUCAUUUGGAAGAAUGCCCCAGUUGCAUUUCCACUUCCACAGAACACCGAAAAGACGGCUACAUGGGUGUUCAAAUAUGGCUAAAGGAUUAGAGGCUAAAACCUUGCUAAAGGAAGCCUGCAAAAACAUGCAUUAGGGAUUUCAAAUCUGGGAAUGUGGAGAGGCAACUGGAGAAUUCCGCCCAUUGAUUCUCCAAACAACAUAGUUUUGAUCAAAUUGUCUAAAAACAUACUUCACAGAUUUCGCAAAAAAAAACAACCAUUUACUGCCAGGCAAAAUUCCAGGCCUAUUGUGCCACCCUUUGCUAGGAUUUUACAAGUAGUAAUUUUGCAAUUUUUGCAAAUUGGGGUGUUUGAUGUCCCUAAUCCAGAACAGUGUCGGUGCCAGUUCCUCCACCAGUUACACUGAAAGCCAAAGUGUUUACAGCAUGUGAACCGGAUGACCUGGCUGCCGGCCACCUUGUGGUCAUGUUCCCUUUAACUUGGUUCCAUUUGAAACCAACUUUUUGGUAGAACACCGAUUUUGGUAUGAAGAUGUCUGUUUGAGAUUGAGUGCUGGAACCACCACUGGCAUGCUUCUCUGCCUGAAAAUGUUAAUAACAAUGACACUUCCGGGCUGUAGGGUUACUACUGUAAAGGCAAAAACUACUUGGAGUUUCUUUAACUGGAAUGACUUAUCCUCUGCCUAUGUUGCUAAUCUCACACCCUAAAGCUUGCAAUCUUCAACACUUUUAAAGGUUUUUAUGACAGGGUUUAGAGCUUACAGUAGCUACACAUAUCUAACACGUAGGACCCUUUGAAAAGCACUGACUAGGUUUAAUACGUUUUGAAAGUUAGUGUCAAGCUACUCGCCACCUACUAAUAAAAAGGUUUGUUGUGAAGCUAACAUACCUACUCUUGCAAUCCCCCCUCGUUACUGUUUUGAACAAUCAAUAUGGGCGGAUUGCACAAAAGGAAUAGCCAAUUUAAGAGAAAAGGAACCUACACUGUGUCUUACAUACAUACAAAAAUGUCACUUGCAUUUAUAGUUCUGUUUGGGACAAAAAAGAAAAAAGUAGAAAAGUGACCCAAGACACACACACACACACACACACACACACACACACACA